UUUGAACGCCUUUGAAAUUUAAUUGAUGGUGUGAAAAGUUCUUUCUAUCGUCAGUCGGUAGUCCGUGUAUAUAAUUUAAAUAUAAUCACUAAAGAUAUAUUAAUUAAGUUGAUCCACUCAUUUUUAGAUCAAUAAGGAGAGAGAUCAAAGAAGAACACAAAUAUCUCCAACACAAAAUGGAUUUGAAGAUAAUUCAAGAUGAGAAAAUAACUUCUCAUGAAGUUAAAGUUGAAGCUCAAUCAAAUGAAGAAUUAGAAGUUAAUCAUAACUUCCAUAAUAUACCAAAAAAGCCCCACAAGUUUAUAGGUGUUCGAAAACGUCCUUGGGGAAAAUUUGCAGCUGAAAUUAGGGAUUCAACAAGGAACGGAAUUAGGGUUUGGCUUGGAACAUUUGAUACUGCUGAAGAAGCUGCUUUGGCUUAUGACCAAGCCGCGUUUUGCAUGAGAGGUCCUUCAAUUUACUUGAAUUUUCCAGUGGAAAAAGUGCGCGAUUCGCUAACAAAAAUGGAAUGUAGCUACUUGUUGCGAGAUGGAUUAAUGUCACCAGCUGAAGCCCUAAAAGAAAAACACAAGAAGAGAUCAAGAAAAAUGAAAAAUGUUAAAGAAGAAGAAAAUGUGUUGAUAUUUGAAGAUUUAGGUGCUGAUUUAUUAGAUGAAUUAUUAUCUAAUAAGUACUCUUCAAGUUCAAAUUAAUCUACAAAUUUCUACAUGUGUAAGUACAUCUAGUAAAUGUCAAAAAAUAAAUAAAAAUUGAAUGUAUGUUCCUUGUUCAUGCUUUUGAUCUAUUUUUCUUUUUAUUGUUUUUAUCGAUAUAAUUGAAACGAUACAGAGAAGAUUAGAAUAGUAUGUAUGCAAGUAUGACAUGUACAAAUCGAUUGAGAAAUGAAGUUAAUAGAUCUAAUGAGAUGUG